AUGCCGAAAAACACAGGAUUUUGUUCAAAAUGGUUGCUUAGAUUGGAUAAUACCAAUCGAGUUUGUUCUCGAUGGCUUACGAAAGGCAAAACAGCUAAUUCAUUCCGAUGUAUUGUGUGUAAUACAGAUGAUCUUAGUUGUGCUAAUGGUGGCUGGAGUGAUAUAAAAAAAUAUUUUGCUCGUCCAAAACAUAUUCAACGUAUGAAGGACGUAUUUGGUUCAGUUUCACUUGUUGCAUCUGGUCAUCCAUCAUCAUCUGUAUCCAAUAAUACGAAUGAUUGUGGUGUAUGUUCAAUAACAACAUCCACAGAUGUUAAUACAACACCACGUCCUUUUAUUACUAUUCAAAAUGACCAAAGAGCAUCAACACAUGAUGAAAAAGUUGUUCGUGCUGAAUGUAUAUGGGCAAUGGCUACUUCUCAACUUGGUUUUUCUUAUAAUUCAUCACAAUUAUUACCAGAAAUUUUUCGGUACAUGUUUUCUGACAGUUCGAUUGCUGCUGAUUAUUCAUUACGUCCACGAAAAUUAUCGUAUGUUAUUUCACAUGGAACUAGUUAUUAUUUUACUAAUGAAUUAAUCAAGGAUAUACGUAAAGCUCAUGGAUUUUCAUUACUUUUUGAUGAAACUUCAAUUGCUGGUUGUUUUCAACCUUCAAUGCGUAAAGAUGAAUCCUCUAGAGCCAGUAUUAUGUAUCUUGCACGAAAUGUUCCACAUCUAUUAACCAGCGAAGAAGUUGAUCGAGUUGGUGCUGAAUGGCGCAUUUAUGAAAUGGCUGAUAUACUCGAUGAAUGGAUUAAAAAAAGUACCAAUUCUUCAAACAACAUCAUUGAGUAUGUACCAAUUGAUGAAUAUUGGUAUCAAGUAUUGUCUACUGCUAUAUCAACUGGUGCACCACAAUAUCUAGCAUUGAUUAAACUCGUAAAGUGCUUGUUGUCCUUGUCACAUGGAAAUAGUGACGUUGAACGAGGUUUUUCUCAAAACAAUAAUCUUGUUUCAGAUGAUCGUUCAUUAUUAAAUGAGUCAUCAAUUAAUGGCUUGAGAGCUACAAAUGCUGGCAUUCAAUUUUUUGAUGAUGAUAAAACUCAUAUGGUGAGUAUACGUUUGAUCUAUUCGAAAUGUUGUGAUACUAUGCUUAAGGUUUCAACAAUAUUUACCUUACUGUCCAACGUUCAAGAAGCAUAUUCACGUUAUGCAAAAGAUAUUGAGCAACAACAAAAAUUAAUUAAAAAUAUUGAUGUGAUGAAUGAAAAACGAGCUUCUGACGUACAACAUGAACAAUUAGAAGAAAAAGAAAAUCAACUGAUCAACGAAAAAAAAAAGCUUUACAAGAAGAAUUAG